AUGCCAUCGUCCCUCCUCCCAUCCCCUCCCGCGUCCCCGACCCCGCAGUAUCCACCACCUGGACAGCAGCAGCAGCAGCCGUCGCGCCGCAAGAGAGCAGCAUUCAGUUCCGGUAGGGUUAUCCCGUCGCUUCGCAGGCACGAAACAAUGCUGUUUGGGGACCCGUUGAAGACUGUCCCAUGCCAGAGCCAGGAUAAUUGUAGUUUUGAGAGCUUGAGUGGUAGUAGCACCAGUAGUGGGAGUGCCGAUACCAGUCAAGACAGCAUCAGAACUGAGGCAUGUUGA